GGCCUUUUUUUGUGUGGGGGAGGGGGUGCGUCAAGAUGGCAACCUCCCUAUUGCGCACGCUUCUGAGGUGUCUUCCUACCCUUUCGCCCUUCAGAGGUGCCUACGGAGUUCAGGUUCCACUCCAGGCACUUUUCUCCCAAAUCACCUCUGACAAAGAUUCUUUGCCCCCAGCUCCUAUUUCCCCUUAUAAAGAUGAACCCUGGAAAUACCUGGACUCAGAAGAAUACCAAAAUCGCUAUGGUUCUCGCCCUGUUUGGGCUGACUACCGUCGCAAUCACAAAGGUGGUGUACCCCCACAGCGGACUCGAAAGAUGUGUAUCCGUAAAAAUAAAGUUGCUGGGAAUCCCUGCCCCAUUUGCCGGGAUCACAAGUUGCAUGUCGACUUUCGGAAUGUGAAGCUCUUGGAACAGUUUGUCUGUGCCCACACAGGUAUCAUCUUCCAUGCUCCAUAUACAGGGGUCUGUAUGAAGCAGCACAAGAACUUGACCCAGGCCAUCCAGAAAGCCAGGGAUCAUGGUCUCCUGAGGUACCACAUUCCCCAGGUUGAACCUCGGGACCUUGACUUUAGUACCUCUCAUGGAGCUGUGAGUCAUACUCCACCAGCCCCUACCAUGGUUUCAGGGGACCCCUGGUAUCCAUGGUACAGCUGGAAACAGCCACCAGAAAGAGAGCUGUCCCGCCUCCGCCGGCUCUAUCAGGGCCAUCUCCGAGAAGAGAGCGGCCCCCCACCUGAGACAAUGCCCAAGGUCCCCCCUGCAGUCCCAGCUGAAGCCUCCGCAGAGCAGCCGGGUCCCCAGAGUGCUCUGUAGGAAGGGAGGCUGAGGGAUUAGGAAUUACUAGUGCCUGGGAAUUACUUCAAGGGAACAGACUGUGUAGUCAGGUCACCCUGAAGAGGCAUGUCUAUUCUGUGGCUGGCGGCAGGCCCAUUGCCAGAGGUAGGAAAUGAUUGUUGUUGAAGAGGAUAAAUAGAAUCAGAGAGAAAAGGAUGGCAGUAGAUAUCUGCAUGGGAAACCGGAACCCGUCUGUGGUAAAUGAGUAACAUUCUGUUAGUUUCGGACUUCUGCCACAAUAAAGCUCUUUCUUCACUGUC